CGACGGAAUUGGUGAAACUGAAUGGAGCAGUAACAUAUUCUGUUAGAAAUAUGCCCGUUUGUUCAGCUUAUAAGUGCAAGAAUCGCUCUGAUGGAUCUUAUAAAGAGGCAUACAAAAGGGGCGACUUUUCUUUUCACACCAGUCAGAGCUGGACGAUAAGGAGGCUCAGAGAGAACAAGCAGAACAACAGACAGCUCUCAGCACAGAAGGAGAAUGGGUCUCCAUCGCGAAACGGAGAUCCCUAGACGCGUCCAUUAGGUGGCAGUACUCCCAGUGUUCAAUCUGUCAUUAAACCCCACCAGAAGAACAGUUUCCGGAAAUACACAAAAUAUGUCUGUUCAACGUUUGAAAUUGCUUUGGAAUUGAACAAAACAAUGCCGGUGUGUUCAGCCUAUAAGUGCAAGAAGCGUUCAGAUAGAGAGUAUAGAGAGGCAUACAGCAGGGGCGAGUUUUCUUUUCACAAGUUCCCGCUAGCUGACGGCUUGAGAGUGAGAGAGUGGCUCCGUCGGAUGAGAUGGCAGAACUGGUGGCCGACUGGAAACUCAGUCCUGUGCUCGGAUCAUUUUGAGAAGGAUUGCUUUGAGCAAGUGGGCAGUCACAAACGACUGCGCAAGAACGCUGUCCCGACUAUCUUUAACUUCCCAAAACAUCUGCAGUGGAAGGUGCCAGCUGUCAAGAGACGAUCUCUGAAUCGUAAGCCGGUUGAAGUGCCUAUCAAACCAAAGCCAACCACAGUAUCAGCACCAGUAACACCGCGGCUCGAGGGGAAGUUUGUUCGUGUGUCUGUGGAUGCUGAUGGCUCCAGCCUUGGCCCCUUGCACGCUGGCAGCUUCCAUGAUGACUACUGCAAACCACAGAGCUUUCACUGGAUGAAGCUUUCAGAGGGUGAUGAUGAGGCUGAUGAUGAAGAAGAUGAUGAUGAUGAUGAUGCUAGUGAUCCUGGAAAUGAUGAUGAUGAUGAUGCACCUCUUGAAACACCUGAAAAUCCAAACUCUCCGUUUAUCCGGGUGACAGAGAGAUGGCAGUGGCUGAGUAUAGAUGUAACAGGGCCUUUUCAAGAAAGCAAAGGCCCCUAUAGCCACAUCGUGGUCAUCUGUGAUUAUUACACCAAGUGGAUUGAAAUCUUUCCAUCAGAAAAGCCUAAUUCUGAUUCCAUUGCCCUGCUUAUGUGUGAUGCUGUUUCCCGCUACGGGUUUCCUCUGGGAUUCCUCACACCUUGGGGUGCUAGAGGGAUUCAGGUCCGAACGGUUAACAGAGCACUCAAUAAUAUUCUGAUGAUAAAGGACCUCUCCCUCGUCUCUCGGCAUCACCAGGCGUCGCAGCUUGAACCCCACACACAAUACCACAUUGUUAAUAUGGUGGAAGGUCUGGUGAAGAAGUAUCCAGAUAGUUGGCAUGUUCAUUUGCCUGUCAGCGUGCUGCGCUUCAACUGCAGUGUGCACCCAGAAACCAAACACAGACCUCUGUCACUCCAUCGCAGUGAGGGAACUAAACCUUACACAUCACCCAGAGAUCAGCCACUCAGUGAAGAUGACCUCGCAAAAUACACCUUCAAAAUCCAGAAACCAAACCCUUUAAAGGAAAUCGAGGCUCUGAAACGAAUAUUCCGAGAAUCAGCAGACUGCAUUGUCAUUUCAUAAAACACAAAAGCAGUGUGUCUGCUGUAACCGGUGUGUGGCUUCAAACUAAGGGUCCAGUGAAGAAGAGGCACAGUACACACCGCUUGGGCGAAGGAUGAAAAAUAAUGAGCUGUUAAAGUCAGACUGAGAGAGAAACCCGGACUGAGAUCUUUUUUGUGAUUUUCAUAUUGAAAUAGUUGGCAGCAUUGUGAAUACAUACCAUUAAAAGGUAUUAAAGAGAGUAGUACAAGCUGUAAAUGAAAAUAGUUGGAACGGAGUGGGAAAGACAUGGUUUUCUUUAGUCAUUUGUAGUAUUUGUAAAUAACGAUGCAAGCAGAUUGAGCCAGCAAGAGAGAAUCUAAUGUUAAUAAAUCCACAAAUACUCCUGUGAGUUGCAGGCAAUCCUAAAGGAUAUUGUGGAAGCCUGAAAUGAAGUGUGCAUGAUUGUUGUUGUUUUCUUUUCAGAUAAACCUUUUAUAAUGUUGCCUCAACAUCGAAGCCCUUACGAAAAUUAGCCAUGGUUUAAAAAAAAAAAAAAAAAUUGUAGAUAAACUGUGGAUUUGCUACACUAAUCAUAGUUUAACCAUGGUAUUUGUAGUAAAACUCUGGUUCUACAAAUGCUAAUAAACCAACAACAACAACAACAAAAAAAGUAAACAUGUUUACUACACUUUUACUAUAGCAAAACCAUGAUUAAUUUUGUGAGAGAGUUUAUUCUGUCAAGUCUUGCUCAGAAUAAACUGUGUAUACUCCUGAUGACGUCAUGUCUUUGUGCAUUUCGUAUCUGUAUUUGUGUGACCGGUCAUUUUUUAUCAAAUGAAUAAAUAAGCUUUCAAUUGA